AAAAGGGUAUAAAGAGAGCCAUGAUGUCUCUAGUUUCCCAGUCGCCCUGUCCCAUCAUCCUCCCACUCUCAGGCCAUUCCCACCAUUUCCAUCAAACGCGCAGCCCACGAUAGUGUGAAUCUCCUCCCCCCUACCCCGCCCCAAGAGCCUACAAAGCCCAUAUACAUUAUCAUCCCCCACCACCUUCGCCAGCUAUGGAUCACAGGACCCGCGACAAGAAGGCCCAGCAGAAGGGCCAGCAGGCCGACAUACCGCCGCAUAUCCAGGACCUGCACUGCUUCACCGAGACCAACGGCGUCAUCACGACGACCAUGUUCGACAUCCCCGGGUACCGCGUCGUCAAGGUCCUGGGCGCCGUCUACGGCCUGACCGUGCGGUCGCGCAACUGGGCCGCCGGCCUGGGAAUGGCGCUCAAGAGCAUCGCUGGCGGGGAGCUGCAAUGGUUCACGAGCUUGCUCUACAGCGCCCGCAACGACGCCAUCAGUCGCCUCGUGGCCGAGACGCAGAGCCGCGGCGGCAACGCCAUCAUCGCGAUGCGCUUCGACGCCGCCGACCUCGCCGGCUUCGCGCAGGUCUGCGCCUACGGCACGGCGGCCGUCGUCGAGAAACUGAACCCCGAGGUGGAGGAGGCGCCGCAGCUCAUCCAGACCUAGGGUGGACGGGACGGGCGUGUUUGUUCUGUCCCUUUUUUCUUUUCUUUUCUUUCUUCUUUUUUCUUCUUUUUUUUAGGCUUGUUG